AUGUCUGGAGUCGAGACUGUAGCGGGCUUGGCGCUCGGGGUUCUUCCGCUCCUGACAUCUGCUGCUGAACACUACGACGACUGCUUGCGCCCCUUCAUACGCUAUAAAAACUUUGCGAAAGAAGCAGACCGAUUCCGCAAUUUGCUGGGUAUCCAGAAGACCAUCUUCAGGAACCAAUGCCGUAUCCUGCUUGAAGAGAUUGUUGAGCAUGAUGUCGCGUCCAGCAUGCUCAAUGGCCCCUCAGGCGCAAACCACCCUUCAUGGUCAGAGGUUGAGUUGGAGAAGCAGCUUUCUCACCUGCUUGGUAACUCCAGAGAUGCGUGCAUUACGACAGUUGAGAUGAUUGAGGAGCGACUUCGAGACAUUGAGGGCGAGAGUCAAGACCUCGAGACUACCAUUGAUCAGGAUUCUAGGGAUACAGCAGACAUCGUCGGAAGCAAACCCUGGAGGCGGCGUAUAGCUAAGAAGCUCCGCUUCAGCUUUUCAAAGCCGCGACUAGACCAAACCCUUUGUGAUCUUCGUUCAUUGAACGAUGACUUCCGAACUCUAUCGACACAGACAUUGAAAUCAACCUCUCUGCAGUCACAAAGACAAGCAGCCCCUCCUGUAAAGCCAUGCCAAGAGGUGGAAAGAUAUCAGAUUAUAGGGCAAGCUUCUCGCCAGGUCUACGAAGCUCUCGGCCGAGCCUGUACGAAACAUACAGAGCAUCAGGCUCAUUUCUGUGUCGAAGUCGAGCAAGCAAACAUCACAGGAGAUCAUAGUGCCCAAGUAAAGUUCAGAAUGGCAUACACACAUUUGACCCUGGCCGGCUCGGCUGACCAAAGCGAUCUGAUAUGGUUCGUUGUGGACUCGACAAGCGGUGACGCUAUGGAGCUUAGUAGUUCUCAUACUACCAGUAUUUACCACGAUGGCCUCAGUCAGUCCCUAAAACGACAGAUUGAACCUGCAUCAGGCGCUACACAGAAAAAGGCCAAGAAGAGCGUGAGAUUCCAGCCAGCGGCAUUAGCGCCAGCAUGUAUGCCACCAACCUUGUCCACUGCUGCAAUAGCCAACGCCAUUCUAUCCGGUGAUAGUAUGCGCAAAGACUUUUGCGAUUUCAUUCGCAGGCGUCUUCGAGAACCACUUCAUGCGAGCGAGUGUGUAGGUGUGCUAGACGAUACAGACAAGUGCAGAAAUUCCGUCUACCCAUCGUCAAACAAACGUUGCCGUCAGACGCGGCAGGCUGUUUCACUUGGACAGAUCAUAUUGAAUGUGUCAAAGCGAAAGAAUGUUGGUGGAAUUUCCCUUUACGAGCGCCUACACCUCGCCAAAACCCUGGCCAUUGCAGUCCUUCAGUACCAUUCAACACCCUGGCUUAGGAUGUCGUGGCGGAGCGAGGAUGUGUACUUCUUCGGCAAUGAGUUGGCUUCGGUACAGGACAUGCCAAGUCUUACAUCGCCUCAUCUGAACGUUAAAGUCAAAGGACCCUGUGGACAGCUUUCCCGUGCUUCAAUGCUUCAACCCCAUAAUCUGGCUCGCAAUCCACUGCUCUUCAGCCUUGGCGUUGUACUUCUUGAGAUCGCCUACACUUCCACACUGGAAAGCCUGCAAAGCCUCGCGGACCUCGACAACGGCCGAGAGAACCAGUAUACCGAAUUUUUUGCAGCCAGAAGGCUGGCGAAGUCUGCGAAAACUGAUAUGGGCAGUAGUUUUCACAAGAUUGUCGAAAGAUUGGUGGAAUGUGAUUUUGGAUGCGGAACGGACCUGAAGAACCCUGAGUUGCAAGCUGCGUUCCAUCGCGAUGUGAUUUGUCCCCUGGAGAGACUUGAGCAAAAGUUAUAUGAAUUUCACUUCGAUUGA